GAACGCAGUGCCAACCACUGGGACGAUGUGGUCACUGCCCUGCAUCAUCUUCGCCGAGGUGGCCCCGUCAUUGUCAUGGAUGACGAAUCUCGCGAGAACGAGGGUGAUCUUGUCCUUGCAGCUGAGUUUGCGACUCGGCAAAACAUGGCCUUCCUCUGCCGCCAUUCUUCUGGCCUUCUAUGUGCCCCGAUGACAGCCCAAAGAGCCAAGGAGCUGGAGCUGGGGCCCAUGGUCUCGGACAACACAGACCGAAACCAGACGGCGUUCACCGUCUCCGUCGACGUCAUCCAUGACACGACUACCGGGGCCUCUGCCGGAGACCGCGCCAUCACGGCAACGUGGCUGGCCAAUCCUGCUGCCACACCCACCGACUUCUCUCGCCCCGGCCACUUGUUCCCGUUGGUUGCACGCGAUGGUGGCGUGCUUGAGCGCACAGGUCAUACUGAAGCGUCGGUCGACCUCUGUAUCCUGGCGGGCUGCACCCCCGUGGCCGUCAUUGGCGAACUCAUGAGCCCCGAUGGCCUCAUGAUGCGUUUGCAAGCUUGCCGAGAAUUUGCUGCUCGCUUCACCUUGCCCAUCAUCAACGUUGAGCAAAUCAUCGCCUUUCGCCGCAGCAUCAAUGCCGUCCCCAAGGCGUUUGCCGCCCCGGAGGUCUAUACUAAUUUGGAAACGGAUCAAGAACACCUCGUACUUCUCAAGGGCGACGUGGAGGGAAGUAGUCAGGUUUUGACGCGCAUCCACAGUGUAUGCCUGACCGGAGAUGUGCUGGGCAGUCUGCGGUGCGAUUGUGGGACGCAAUUGGCUGCUAGCCUGCGGGCUAUCGCCGAUGCGCCGGCCGGCAUUCUCAUCUAUGUUACCGAUCAAGAAGGUCGAGGCAUUGGCUUGACCAACAAGAUUCGCGCCUACCGCUUGCAGCAACACCAUGGCCUGGACACUUUUGCUGCCAACGAGGCAUUGGGUCUACCGCUGGACAGUCGCAACUACGAUGUGGCCAACGCCGUGCUACGCGACCUGGAAGUUCAGUCGGUGGUUCUCCUAACCAACAAUCCG